GCCAAGAAAUGGUUUAUCUCUUCACUUCCCUCUAUUCAAUCCCUCCAAGUCAGUUUCUCUGUUCUUCUUCUUCUUCUUCCUCCUCUGCUUAAACAAAACCACAAUAAAAAAAAAAAGGGAUCAAACUCUGAAACUAUGGCUAACAAGUCAAGAACCAGAUGGGUUCUCCCUUACAAGACCAAGAACGUGGAAGACGAUCACUCUCUCGGCAAAAUACUCGGACAAGGACAGUUCGGAACCACUUACCUCUGCACACACAACCAAACAGGCCAAAACCUCGCCUGCAAAACCAUACCCAAAAGGAAGCUCCUCUGCCAAGAAGACUACGACGACGUUUUGAGGGAGAUACAGAUAAUGCAUCACCUCUCUGAAUACCCCAGCGUCGUCCGGAUACAAGACACCUACGAGGAUUCCGACAGCGUGCACCUCGUGAUGGAGCUCUGCGAAGGAGGGGAGCUGUUCGACAGAAUCGUGAAGAAAGGUCACUACAGCGAGAGAGAAGCUGCUAAGCUCAUCAAGACCGUUGUUGGGGUCGUGGAGACUUGCCACUCUCUUGGGGUGUUGCAUAGAGAUCUCAAGCCUGAGAACUUCUUGUUCGCGUCUUGUGAUGAAGAUGCUUUUCUUAAAUCUACCGACUUUGGCCUCUCUGUUUUCUGCAAACCAGGUGAAACGUUUGCAGAACUAGUUGGGAGUGCAUACUAUGUGGCACCUGAGGUUUUACAUAAGCAUUACAGCCGUGAAUGUGAUGUAUGGAGCGCUGGGGUUAUACUCUACAUUCUUUUAUGUGGUUUCCCUCCUUUCUGGGCUGAAAGUGAGAUUGGCAUCUUCAGAAAGAUUUUACAGGGAAAGCUCAACUUUGAAACCAAUCCUUGGCCUAGUGUUUCAGAGAGUGCCAAGGAUCUUAUCAAGAAAAUGCUUGAGAGCGAUCCUAAGAAACGCCUCACUGCUCAUCAAGUCUUGUGUCAUCCGUGGAUUGUGGAUGACACAGUUGCUCCAGAUAAACCACUGGACUGUGCGGUAGUGUCACGCCUGAAGAAGUUCUCUGCAAUGAACAAACUCAAGAAGAUGGCAUUACGUGUAAUAGCGGAGAGGCUAUCUGAGGAAGAGAUCGGUGGGCUCAAGGAACUGUUCAAGAUGAUAGACACGGAUAACAGUGGGACCAUCACAUUUGAAGAGUUGAAAGACAGUGUGAAACGUGUUGGGUCAGAGCUUAUGGAAUCAGAGAUACAAGAACUCUUGCACGCAGCUGAUGUUGAUGAAAGUGGAACAAUUGACUAUGGAGAGUUCUUAGCUGCAACAAUCCACUUGAACAAGCUGGAGAGAGAAGAGAAUCUAGUGGCUGCCUUCUCCUUCUUUGACAAAGAUUCAAGUGGUUACAUCACUUUAGACGAGCUUCAACAGGCUUGGAAAGAGUUUGGUAUAAACGAUUCACAACAUCUUGAUGAAAUGAUCAAAGACAUUGAUCAAGACGAUGAUGGACAAAUAGACUAUGGAGAGUUUGUGGCAAUGAUGAGGAAAGGAAAUGGUAAUGGAGGUAUUGGCAGGAGGACUAUGAGGAACACUCUCAACUUUGAGUGUCCUCUUCCUGAUGAGUCAACCAAUCGCUAAACUUACUUGUUUUACUGAAAUUUAUUAGUUUGACAUUAAUAACUUUAAGAAAACAAUCAUAAAGAUGAGUUUUUCUUUUAA